CCGGCGCUCGGCGCGCGCACUCGCGUUGGGCACUUGGUUCACCCGCGGGGACGGGACCCGGCGGUCGAGCCCUCCCGAGCGGCGUCCGCGGGCCACCACCGGCCGCUCUGCCCGCCUUUGCCCCCCGUCGGCCGGAGGGGCCGCCAGCAGCGCGCAUCCUGGCCGCGAGCGCCGAACCCGGGUGCGGAGGGGCGCCGGCGGAGCCCGGCUCCCGGGGGGCCCGAGGCUAGCACCCCUGGGGGGAGCGGUGAGGCGAAACUGCCAAGAUGUAACAGUAAAGACAAGACUUAUAAAGUAACAAAGAUGCUUCUGAGCCAGAAUGCCUUGGCGAUUAGACCACUAAAUUUGUAUCCUGUGGUGUACAUCAGCCUCCUGUUUGGUAUUUUACAUGCUGUGUCCGUUUCUCCAGAUGAAUCUUGCAUUUCUUUUAAUUUGACAUUACGAAAUUUCCGGUUAAUUUUAUCAUGGGAAUUAAAAAACCGUUCCAUUGUACCGACUCAUUAUGCAUUGUCCUACACCAUCAUGAGUAGACCAGCAGGUGAGAUGAUUGUUGAGGACUGUACAAAUAUCACGAGAUCAUUCUGUGACCUCACAGAUGAGUGGGACAGCAUGACUGAGACAUACGUCACCACGGUAGUCGGAAUCAGAGGGAACACGACGCUGGUCAAUUGCUGGGACAGAGUCUUCCCGGCAUUGGACACAUCUUUGGAACCACCAGAAUUUGAGAUUGUUGGUUUUACCAACCACAUUAAUGUGAUAGUGGAAUUUCCACCUGUCAUCCCCAAGAUGCUAGUUAUGAAAAACUUACAGACUCAGUUAUCACUUAUCAUCGAAGAAAAGUCAGGGAGCAUUGUAAAGCUGCAUAGACCCAAAAUAGAUGGAAACACCACUGGAAAUUUCACUUAUGUCAUCGACAAGUUAAUUCCAAACACAGAGUACUGUGUAUCUGUUUAUUUGGAGCCUAAAGAGGCGGAAAAAAUACGUAGAUCUCCUUUAAAAUGUACCCUCCUUCAACCUGGACAAGAGUCAGAGUCAUCAGAAUCUGCCAAAAUAGGAGGAAUAAUUACUGUGUUUUUAAUAGCAGCUGUCUUCACAAGCACCAUAAUAACACUGAGACGGAUUGGUUAUAUAUGCUUAAGAAAUAAUUACCCCAAAGUUUUGAAUUUUCGUAACUGGUCAGCCUGGGUAUUUCCCAAGCUACCACCAUUGGAAGCGGUGGCUAUAGUGGAGAUCAUUCACAUCAACAGAAAGAAGAAAGUGUGGGAUUAUACAUAUGAUGAUGAAAGUGACAGCGAUAAUGAAGCUGUUCCCCAGGCGAGCGCAGGCGGUUACACCAUGCAUGGACUGACAGGCCUGUGUCCGGCCUCCACGUCCUCGGCCUCCUCUGAGGACUGCUUCGACCCAGACCCUGAGGAACCUCCCCUGCCCCAGCCUGGGGCUGAGUCUGAGCCCCUGAUGGCACCAGGGCCUGGCCCCUGGCAGUCGGAAUGCACAGAUGGGGCCUAUGAGAGGACAGGGAACCUGCUUCAGGACCCCUUCCCUGAGGAGGACAGCUGCUCCACUGAGGGGUCUGAGGACAGAAUUAUCUUCAAUGUGGAUUUAAACUCUGUGUGUGUGAGCACCCUCGACGACGACGACCCAGAAGUCCCUCCAGUGUUAUCAUGUAUUCCAGAAGAGACAGUGGACCUAGAGGAUGCCGAGGAAAUGGAAACGAGCCUUCUGGUGUCCGGUGGAGAAGGCAUGCAGCUGCCCUUCCCCAGCCCCCCUGUGGAGUGCCUCUGGCCUGAAGAUGCUCCAUCUGAAAAGAGCGACACUGCCGAGUCGGAUGUUGACAUAGGGGAUGGUUAUAUAAUGAGAUGAAGCCAAAAAUAUUUAACUUGAACUGACAAAUACCUCCAGGGUUCUCUCUCCUUGUACCCCCAGAUGCUCCUUUGUGGUUUGCAAGUGUUCUCUGAGAGAAGGAGCAGGAGACUGCAGAGUUGGCUGCGUUCUUCCUGGUGACGCCAUCUAUGCAAAUUCGCCACAUGGAGGCAGGGGAAGUGGGAAACAGCAUCGCCCGGUGCAUUGUUUACAGUACAGUGUAUUACAAAGUGAUACACUUUGAUGGGAAAAUGCCCAUUCCCUUUACUCUCAUGCACUUAUAUAAUGUUUCUGCAGCAUGUUUCCCAGUGGAGGGAGCAAGGUUCCCUGUGGUUUUCAGAGGUGGUCCAGGGCCCUGUAAGAUUUCUGGGAAAUAGUUAAGUUGGGCCUGAGUGGGAGUGGGGAGAGAAAAGGAAGACACUCAGCAGGGUUCAUAGCUGGAGCAGUCAGCAGUGUGGAGCCCAGCAGGCUCAAGGAAGGAGCCGGAAAGAAAAGAGGCAAGAAAAGAGGAGGGAGGAAGGGCCGAGGAAGGGAAAGAAGGGGGAUUCACAAGGCAACAGAAGCACAUGCACUGAGCUGGAAGUAGGGCAGGUCCAGCUGAGUCUUCGGCACCUCCCCGAUGUCCUACUCUGUCACCCGUACUCUGAGAAUUUAACUCUCAGCCCUCGUGUGAAUGAGGAUGAUAGAUUGGCACACAUAAAUAACUCUAGCGUCAGGCGGGUGACUAAAAGAGGAAGCAUUUGCAUGAGGGAGAGGGUUGGAGCCUCAGAGCCGUAUUUUAAGAUUUAGAAAAAGCAAGUGAGAGAACGAAUGCAAAUGUGCUUUUAGGUCUUCAGAAGCAAUAAGGCGUAAAAUUCCCAGAGAUCGUGUUCAACAAUUUAAGAAGUGCUAUAUGUGCUGACUCCAAAUGUCCUGCACCUGACUACAGUUCCUGUGAAUCUGGGGGUAGAAAGGGGAAGGAAAGUUCUAGAAGAGCACGUAGCAAACAACACAAGGACUGGGGUGAAGGGUCUGCCUGCCAUUUCACCGUGUGACCCAGAGCACUUGGCUUCUCUGAGCCUCAGUUUCUUCAUUUAUGAAAUAAGGGGAUUGGACGAGGUAAUCUCCAAGAUCCUAUGAUGCUAGGAGAAAUAUUAGAAAACACAUAGGAAUAAAGGAUCUGGUGGAGGUACUGCAACCCUGAGGGGCUCCCAGAUUCUCCUAUCCCGUACCCCUCACCCCAAGAGCAGGGUUCUCAGAUCUUUCUUCUGGGCCCCUUCAAAAGGGGGAAAACAAAAAUUAUAUGAGUCCCAGUUCAAGGACUUUGAAUAGAUUUCUUUUAUAAUUGCUCUAAAAGAACUCAAAGGAGAGGGCUGAGACACGGGGAGCUGUUAUUUGAUAAUAAUCUAACAAAAUUCCAUAGGAAAGGGGCCUUAUCAUACAUGAAGUCCAUUUCUCAGCCCUCUGAAUGCAUCGAUCAUAUUUUGAAGGAUUUCCAGAGUGAUCUUCUGGGAUAACCUUUGUAUGGCUGCUUUUAUCUAUGGGCGUGUGUGUGUAUUUUUAAAUUUUGUAUAAUGGUUGGAGGUUGGGAAAGGAUACUACAAAUACACUUUUUAAUACA